AUGACAUCACCGGACGCCACCCCCGAACCCCAGCCCGCGGCCAUCAACUACGUCGCAGGCUUCCUCCUCGUCGGUCUCGCCUGGGGCUUCACGACCCCCUUCAUCCGCCGCGCCGCCAAGGACCACAACCCGCCGCCGCACCCGGUCCUCGAGUCCGACGCCGUCCGCCGGAGCUGGCUCCGCAGCCGCAUCUACGGCGCCUUCUUCGGCGUCCUCGACCUGCUGCGCAACCCGCGCUACGCCGUGCCGCUGCUCAUCAACCUGACGGGCAGCGUCUGGUUCUUCCUGCUCAUCGGGCAGGCCGAAUUGAGUUUGACGGUGCCCAUCGUCAACACCCUGGCCUUCCUCUUCACCGUCAUCGGUGACUGGUGGGUCGAGAGCAAGGUGAUUAGUCGACAGACCCUGGUCGGAAUGGUGCUGUCUCUUUCCGGGAUAGCUUUAUGUGUGCACAGCAAGACGAGGUAA